AUGUCUUGGAACCAACCUGGUCAAUAUGGUGGUUAUGGUAGUGGACAAGGUAGUCGACCACCAUAUGGACAACCUCAAAAUUAUAAUCAAAGCUAUGGACAACCUCAAGGUUAUGGUCAGCAACAACAAGGCUAUGGUCAGCAACAACAGGGCUAUGGUCAGCAACCUCCAGGCUAUGGCCAGCAACAACAAGGUUACCGGCCUCAAGGACAACCAUAUGGACAGCCACAGGGUCAACCUUAUGGCAAUCCUCAACAAGGAUAUCAACCACAAUAUGGUGGUCAGCCGGGAGGAUACAAUGCCACACCACCUCCCCCUGGUGUCAGUCCAGACUUAUGGGGAUGGUUUCAG